ACGAUUUUUUGCAUCACUUCUCUCAUUCUCUCGUCUCAUUCCUCGUCGGGAUUUUGCUUGAAUGGAUAGAGAUUUUAGUUCUAUUCCCGUAAUUCGACCAACCACGAUGGACCCACAACAACAACCACGAUCUCCUCACUCCGUUUGACACUGACACUGUUUUAGUUUACAUCUCUCGACGACUUUGACUGAGAUUAGCAAAUGCCAAAUCUCACUCAGUCCCACUCAUGAGCAACUUAACAGCAUUUAUUUUAUUAUGGGGUCGACCUAAUGGGAUGGUGGAUACCAAACCGUAUUUAUUUGUUGGUUUUAAAAUGUUGAAGGAGAAAAGUUGCGUAGAAUUUUUGUAAGGAUUGGAGUUGGUGUGGGUGAGUGAAUACAUGAGGUCUGUGUUUUCCUGAGGUCCAUAAAAUGGUCAUCUUUUUUUGCCAACCAGCAGUAGUGGGUAGCGUUGUUGUUGGUUAGUUGUUGUUACCAGUUUGUGGUGGGUUUAAGUUUUUGUGUACACAAAAGUGACAGGAUUUAAGGGAAGGUGUAUGCACCAAUUAUGCAAUUUUCCAUUAAACAGGAGUGAUUUAAUUAAUUCCGGUUCGUAAGAACACACACGGAGGCUUUUAUAACGGAAAUGUGAAGUAUAUAGACAUAUAAUCAGUUCUUAAUGUCUUGAGAUUAGUACCUGAGAUUUCUAAAAUUGAUAAGUUGAGAUUGGAAAAAGUGAAACAUGUUCGAUAUUUGGAAAAAUUUAAAGGAAUUGGUCCGAGUGAAUUAUCGCCAUGUGAGAACAACGAAUCUCGUGUUCACUCUUCACACAAAGGUGACCGUGGUUAUUUUGGUGGGGUUGUCCAUCCUGGUCACGUCUCGACAGUAUCUUGGAGAUCCGAUAGAUUGCAUAUCUUCGGCAGACAUAAAAAAUAUUGCGGACAAAUAUUGCUGGAUCCAUUCCACAUUUACCAGGGGGAGAUUAGACGAUGAUGGAAAGUGGGGUUAUGAAGCAGUCGAAGAAUCCGAUGUAUCCCCUGGAAUUCGUCCAGCCGUGGAUGGUGAUGACCCACGCAUAUAUCACACCUAUUAUCAAUGGGUGUGGGCGGUGCUGUUUAUGCAAGGAGGAUUUUUCUACAUUCCAUACUGGAUUUGGAAAUUUUGUGAUCGAGGACGAAUAAAGAUGCUCGUUGCAGAUCUGAAUCUCAGAGUUUUAAGCGAUGAGGAAAAAGUGUCCAAGGAAAAGGCAGCAAUUCUUCGAUAUUUUGCCCCUAACCGAGGUCACCACACGCUCUACUCCUUCCAGUACAUCGGAUGCGAAGUGCUCAACUUUCUCAACGUCAUUUGGCAAAUGUACUGGACCAAUGUCUUUCUCAAUUAUGAAUUCUCGAACUACGGCUUGAACCUGUUCAACCUAACACAAAAGCGACCGUACUCCAGACAUGACGAACUUGCCAGAGUCUUUCCAGUCGUUACAGCAUGUCGAUUGUCUACUGGAGGUCCAGCUUUCAAUUCAGUCGAGUAUGACUUAUUGUGCAUCUUGCCAAUUAAUAUACUCAAUGAGAAGAUCUACAUCUUCCUCUGGUUCUGGUUCUUACUUCUGGGUCUGCUUUCCGGCAUAAACCUCAUCUACCGUCUCAUCACAGUCUGCAUUCCCCCACUCCGUGCCAGACUCCUCCUGCGACACGUCCGGAUGAGGAAAGGAUACGAUCUUGACGACCUCAAGAUGAGCUACGGCGACUUUUUUCUUCUCUACAAACUUGGCGAAAAUCUAAAUCCCAUCGUAUUCAGUGAGCUACUCCAAGAACUUGUCCACCACGGGACGGACGACGACGAGAAAAAGUCGCUCACCAAGGCGUCCAUUUUGAGGAAAGAUUCGGAUCCAAAGCAAUCCAUAAACAGUAUCAUCGAAAGGUUGUAAUUAACAAUAAUUUAUUGAAUUGCUAACAAUUACACGACAAUCAAGAAGAAGAAGAAGGAAGAAAGAUUCAAUUCAGUGAUAAUAUUCUCGAUGGCCUUAUUUUUUACGACAAUAUCAAACGGAAAAUAAAUAAAUUGCACUUCAAAUUUUUAA